ACCUGACACGCAACCCUCAAAGAAUAAGUGGGACCCAAGGGUCCAGCCCCUCAAGAUAAACUAUCGCCGUGAUUGGCUCCCCCCUAUGUUUAAGGGUUGUGACUUAAAUUUUAAGGUAGCGUAGGGGUAACAACUUAAGAACCUAGCGCAGUUUGUGAGUUCAGUUCAGUUCUGUCUCAGAGUUUGAGAAAGAAACUUGUCUUUAAAUUAACUGGUGUUCGGAAUAAAAUUAAAAGCUUGUGAACAUUAUUCGAGUGAGUGUUUUUAAAUUGAACCAACAUAACCCUAGUUGCCGGAUCGUUCCGUAAGGCGCAUUUGUGUUUGUUGGGGAUGGACAAGUUUGUGUGUAACUAAUUGGACAGUUAUUUCAACGUGUUAGAAAUAUAAUUUCUAUCAUCUCUUAUAUCGUAUUUGAAGUUUAUUAUCAAAGUGUCAUUUGUAAUACAUAAGUACGGGAGUAAAUCAGGAAACAUGGACGAUAAACUACGACAAAUGGAGGACGAAAUGAGCAGGUUCGAAGCUGAAAUCGGUGGACCAAUAGUAACUCCAAUGAUGCGUCCAGUCAUUGGUGCCAAUACAUACAGUCAAGUAGCUAGACAACUGGAGCAACAUGAAUUACCUACACCAGUUGUUGCUGCAGCUGCUGCCAGUCUAGCAUUUCCACCUAUGAUGGGAUUUCCACCACCGCCGCCACCACCACCACCGCCACCUCUACUUAUUCCACCGCAAGUAGCACGUCAAAGCAGUGUUCCAAUCACAACUUACUCAUCGCCGGCGCAAAUAACAAAUUCCUACAUACCAAAUAUUGCGGAACCAAUAUUAAGUUCAACGUCGAAAACAUAUGAGUCAGCAGCAGCACCCCCAAUGAUUCAUCCCGAGAUUAUUGAAAAAAUAAUCAACACAAAAAUACCGGAUGACGACGGUAAGAAAAAACCGAAAGUAAAAGGUGUGAGUACAGCAGCGGAGUUGGCUAUUAGUCAGGGAAAGGCUAGUUCAAUAAUGGCCAAUGCCAGUGCUGAGGAGCCUCAUCCAAAGGGAAAAGGAAAGAAGAAUAAGAAAAUUAUCAGAAUGGCGGGAGGACAAACAUGGGAGGAUCAGUCGCUACUUGAAUGGGAUGACGAUGACUUCAGAAUAUUCUGCGGUGAUCUAGGCAAUGAUGUUACGGAUGAGAUGUUGGUGAGAGUUUUCGGAAAAUAUUCCAGUUUUCAGAAGGCGAAAGUUGUUAGAGACAAACGAACGAAUAAAACGAAAGGAUUUGGAUUUGUUUCAUUCAAGGAUCCCCAAGAUUUCAUCAAGGCCAUGAAGGAAAUGAAUGGGAGGUACGUGGGAUCGAGACCCAUAAAACUACGAAAGAGUUCCUGGAAGCAGAGGAAUCUCGAAACGGUCAGGAAAAAGGAGAAAGAAAAGCAAGCUCUCAUUGGAUUGUUAACUGGUCGAUGAGGUGAUGUGCCACAUAUUGUUCAUAAUGUAAAUCAAUGAAAACUCUCAGUUGUUUUUUCCUCCCCUUGGAAAAAUUGAUUAGUGUGGAAAUGACAUUACGACAAAGACAUGUAUUUGUACCUAAUUCAAUUAUUAUAAUUGAAAAAAAUACAAUAGAGAUUGGUGAUUAAUAAAUUUAUUAUGAAUUGAA